AUGAGGAAGCCAGUGGGUCUCAAAACACUUCCCACAACAGACACCAUUCAGCUCAGACACCAUUCAGCUCAGGUAAACAGCAAUGAGGAAUCCAGCAGGUCUCCAAACACUUCCCACAACAAACACCAUUCAGCUCAGGUAAACACCAAUGAGGAAGCCAGCGGGUCUCUAAACACUUCCCACAACAGACACCAUUCAGCUCAGGUAAACAGCAAUGAGGAAGCCAGCGGGUCUCCAAACACUUCCCACAACAGACACCAUUCAGCUCAGGUAAACAGCAAUGAGGAAUCCAGCGGGUCUCCAAACACUUCCCACAACAAACACCAUUCAGCUCAGGUAAACAGCAAUGAGGAAGCCAGCGGGUCUCCAAACACUUCCCACAACAGACACCAUUCAGCUCAGGUAAACAGCAAUGAGGAAUCCAGCAGGUCUCCAAACACUUCCCACAACAAACACCAUUCAGCUCAGGUAAACAGCAAUGAGGAAUCCAGCAGGUCUCCAAACACUUCCCACAACAAACACCAUUCAGCUCAGGUAAACAGCAAUGAGGAAGCCAGCGGGUCUCCAAACACUUCCCACAACAGACACCAUUCAGCUCAGGUAAACAGCAAUGAGGAAUCCAGCGGGUCUCCAAACACUUCCCACAACAGACACCAUUCAGCUCAGGUAAACAGCAAUGAGGAAUCCAGCAGGUCUCCAAACACUUCCCACAACAAACACCAUUCAGCUCAGGUAAACAGCAAUGAGGAAGCCAGCGGGUCUCCAAACACUUCCCACAACAAACACCAUUCAGCUCAGGUAAACAGCAAUGAGGAAUCCAGCGGGUCUCCAAACACUUCCCACAACAGACACCAUUCAGCUCAGCGGGUCUCUAAACACUUCCCACAACAAACACUGACAGCUCAGGUAAACAGCAAUGAGGAAGCCAGCGGGUCUCAAAACACUUCCCACAACAGACACCAUUCAGCUCAGGUAAACAGCAAUGAGGAAUCCAGCAGGUCUCCAAACACUUCCCACAACAAACACCAUUCAGCUCAGGUAAACAGCAAUGAGGAAGCCAGCGGGUCUCUAAACACUUCCCACAACAGACACCAUUCAGCUCAGGUAAACAGCAAUGAGGAAUCCAGCGGGUCUCCAAACACUUCCCACAACAGACACCAUUCAGCUCAGGUAAACAGCAAUGAGGAAUCCAGCAGGUCUCCAAACACUUCCCACAACAAACACCAUUCAGCUCAGGUAAACAGCAAUGAGGAAGCCAGCGGGUCUCUAAACACUUCCCACAACAAACACCAGUUAGCCCAGGUAAACAGCAAUGAGGAUGCCAGCAGGUCUCCAAACACUUCCCACAACAGACACCAUUCAGCUCAGGUAAACAGCAAUGAGGAAGCCAGCAGGUCUCCAAACACUUCCCACAACAGACACCAUUCAGCUCAGGUAAACAGCAAUGAGGAAUCCAGCGGGUCUCCAAACACUUCCCACAACAGACACCAUUCAGCUCAGGUAAACAGCAAUGAGGAAUCCAGCAGGUCUCCAAACACUUCCCACAACAGACACCAUUCAUCUCAGGUAAACAGCAAUGAGGAAUCCAGCAGGUCUCCAAACACUUCCCACAACAAACACCAUUCAGCUCAGGUAAACAGCAAUGAGGAAUCCAGCGGGUCUCCAAACACUUCCCACAACAGACACCAUACAGCUCAGGUAAACAGCAAUGAGGAAUCCAGCGGGUCUCCAAACACUUCCCACAACAGACACCAUACAGCUCAGGUAAACAGCAAUGAGGAAUCCAGCGGGUCUCCAAACACUUCCCACAACAAACACCAUUCAGCUCAGGUAAACAGCAAUGAGGAAUCCAGCGGGUCUCCAAACACUUCCCACAACAAACACCAUUCAGCUCAGGUAAACAGCAAUGAGGAAUCCAGCGGAUCUCCAAACACUUCCCACAACAGACAACAUACAGCUCAGGUAAACAGCAAUGAGGAAUCCAGCGGGUCUCCAAACACUUCCCACAACAGACACCAUACAGCUCAGGUAAACAGCAAUGAGGAAUCCAGCGGGUCUCCAAACACUUCCCACAACAGACACCAUUCAGCUCAGGUAAACAGCAAUGAGGAAUCCAGCAGGUCUCCAAACACUUCCCACAACAAACACCAUUCAGCUCAGGUAAACAGCAAUGAGGAAGCCAGCGGGUCUCUAAACACUUCCCACAACAAACACCAGUUAGCCCAGGUAAACAGCAAUGAGGAAGCCAGCAGGUCUCCAAACACUUCCCACAACAGACACCAUUCAGCUCAGGUAAACAGCAAUGAGGAAUCCAGCUGGUCUCAAAACACUUCCCACAACAGACACCAUUCAGCUCAGGUAAACAGCAAUGAGGAAUCCAGCGGGUCUCCAAACACUUCCCACAACAGACACCAUACAGCUCAGGUAAACAGCAAUGAGGAAUCCAGCAGGUCUCCAAACACUUACCACAACAAACACCAUACAGCUCAGGUAAAUAGCAAUGAGGAAGCCAGCGGGUCUCUAAACACUUCCCACAACAAACACCAUACAGCUCAGGUAAAUAGCAAUGAGGAAGCCAGUGGGUCUCUAAACACUUCCCACAACAAACACCAUACAGCUCAGGUAAACAGCAAUGAGGAAUCCAGCAGGUCUCAAAACACUUUCCACAACAAACACCAUACAGCUCAGGUAAACAGCAAUGAGGAAGGCAGCAGGUCUCCAAACACUUCCCACAACAGACACCAUACAGCUCAGGUAAACAGCAAUGAGGAAUCCUGCAGGUCUCCAAACACUUCCCACAACAAACACCAUACAGCUCAGGUAAACAGCAAUGAGGAAUCCAGCAGGUCUCAAAACACUUUCCACAACAAACACCAUACAGCUCAGGUAAACAGCAAUGAGGAAGGCAGCAGGUCUCCAAACACUUCCCACAACAGACACCAUACAGCUCAGCUAAACAGCAAUGAGGAAGCCAGCAGGUCUCCAAACACUUCCCACAACAAACACCAUACAGCUCAGGUAAACAGCAAUGAGGAAUCCUGCAGGUCUCCAAACACUUCCCACAACAGACACCAUACAGCUCAGCUAAACAGCAAUGAGGAAGCCCUUAGGUCUCAAAACAUUUUCCACAACAAACAACAAACAGACAUGAGGAAGUCCACAGGUCUCCAAACACUUCCUACAACAAACACCAAACAGACAUGA